GGGCGAUAUGAGCGUCGUCAUGCAUUUAGCUGUGGCCGAUCGGCCCACCUUUUUUUUCACCACUACCACCACCAUCACCACCUAGUACUACUAUCAUGGAAUUCACUCCAAGACGUAUACUAGACAACGCGCUCGACGCCGUAGGCAACACGCCGCUCAUCAGGCUCGACAAGAUCGCCGCCGAACAAGACCUCAAGUGUAAUCUCCUUGGUAAACUGGAAUUUGUCUCAACCGGUGGUUCCGUCAAGGACAGGAUCGCAAAAGCGAUGGUACUAGCCGCAGAGAAAGAGGGUAAACUUAUUCCCGGGAAGAGCGUCGUUAUCGAACCUACGUCCGGGAACACCGGUAAGUGUCUUCCCGAGUCCUUACGAAUCGCGAGUGAUUUUGAUACGAUGUGAUAUGAAGGAAUCGGACUGGCGAUGGCGUGCGCGAUCAAGGUAAACACGCUACGCCCAGGUGCCUGGAUGGUUACUGAAUACUGCAGAUAAGGGAUACUCGGUCGUGAUUACCAUGCCUAAGAAAAUGUCGCUUGAGAAAGAGGCGCUCUU